GCAGCCUUGUGACGUCAAGGAGGGCUGGAGCGCUUCCUCCUUGCUCCGUAUAGCGGCAAAGGGAGGGAAAAUGAGCACGAGAAGAUUCACACAGCUAGGCAAUGAUGAUGGCGUGAAAAGACCAAGUGGGAGUUGCCACUAUGUGAGCUUCUAAAAUCUGUCAUCAGCCUGCUUGGUCGACUGCAAGUGUUGUCACCAUGAGAGCAUCCGAUGGGUCGUUGACCCGCCGGCGCCACCGUCCGGUUGCGUGAGCGCCGUCCGAUUCUCCCCGCGGACCCCGCGCGGCAUGGCCUCUCUGGACCUGCCGUACCGCUGUCCUCGCUGUGGGGAGCACAAGCGCUUCCGAAGCCUCUCAUCCCUACGCGCCCACCUGGAGUACAACCACACGUACGAGACCCUCUACGUCCUCUCCAAGUCCAACAGCGUUUGCGACGCCGCCGCCCUGCUCCCCCUCGUGACAGAGGGAGCCCUCCUACCGCCUCCCAACAAUAACGAGUCCUUUGAACCGCUUCGGCCGUCGGCUUUGAAAGAACGCCGCUUCCCCUGUCGAGAGCUUCCGUGCGUAGACGACUUGAGUUUGACGCCGGCGAGCUCCAACACUUCGGCCAGGUACAUCCCCAAUGUGGAGUUUCCUCUGGGGGAGAUUUUGAUGAAGACGGCCAUGACAUCCACAGACCCGGGCCCCUAUGGGAACCCCAAUACAGCCGUGGCCGUAGCAGCUAACGUGGCCGCCAGUGCAGUGGAGGCGGCUUAUGAAGAAGGCUUGGCAAGGUUGAAGGCACGCGCCUUUGAACGUCUUGACCUGGAUGAGAGGAUGGAGAAGCUGUCUGAAGAGGUGGAGCAGAAAAUAGCGGCCCGAGUGGGCCGUCUCCAGGCCGAGCUGGAGAGAAAGAGCUCCGAGCUGGAGCGGGCCAAGCACGAGAGCGAGCGGCUCAGCCAGGAGAAGCAAGAACUCGAGGACAAGGCCUUGGAGCUGUCCAGGCAGGUGGACGUCUCGGUGGAAAUGCUGGCCAACCUAAAACAGGACCUGGUGAACAAGGAAGCAGAGCUCAGCCACAAGCAGCAGGAGGUGGCCCAGAUCGACCAGUUCCUGCAGGAGACUGCGGCGCGCGAGGCCAACGCCAAAGUUCGCCUGCAGCAGUUCAUCGAGGAGCUGCUGGACCGUGCCGACCGUGCUGAGAAGCAGCUGCAAAUCAUCAGUAGCUGCGGCACCACGCCCAACGGAAGCUUAGGGCGCUGCAGUCUCCAGGGCAAGGGCAACGGACGCCAGAGAAACUCCAGCAUCUCUGGAAGUACAAGAGGCAUCUACCAAGCAUCUGAAAGACGCUCCUCCCCUAGUACGGGCGCAUCGGGUCGGAUCAAGUCGGUCUCGCAGGGUUCCGGCGGGUACGAUAGCGACAGUGUGGAGAUGCACCCCAUGGAGGAGUGCCCCGAGGCUCAGUAUUACCACAUGCAGUGCCGCCUGAACGAAGUAGCGUACGAGCGCUCCCCUGGAUGCGGCGGAGGGGGCAGGAACUGGGGGCUCCGCAAACAGGCCAUCCAGAACUGGCAGCGGCGGCCUUACAGGAACAGCACUGAGGGAGAGGAGGGAGACGUGUCCGACGUGGGCUCUCGGACAACCGAGUCCGAAGUGGACAUGUGGGAGCAGGAGAGGAGAGCGGUGGCGGAAGUGCAGCAGCAGUCAAGUGCCCCCUAUCCUUACCACGGCAGGGCCGGAUAUCGACCCAACGCAGGUCGAAGUGAAGGCGUCUACAGCAAACCGUGUCGCCACGAGAAGAGCCCGUCCAAAUCCAACGAGGUGAUCAGUCCCGAGAUCCUGAAGAUGCGUGCCGGUUUGUUUUGCAUCUUCACCUACUUGGAUACCAAAACGCUGCUGAGAGCUGCCGAGGUCUGCCGAGACUGGAAGUUCGUGGCCCGCCACCCGGCCGUGUGGACCAGAGUUUUGCUGGAGAACGCGCGCAUUUCCUCCAAGUUGCUGGGAACGUUGUCUCAGUGGUGCACUCAGACGCACUCGCUCAUCCUGCAGAACCUCAAACCGCGUCAGCGCGGGAAGAAGGAAACCAAAGAGGAGUACCUCAAAAGCACACGAGGGUGUUUGGAGGAAGGAUUGGAGGCGCUGCUGAAGGCUACUGGAAGUAAUUUGCUCAUCCUGAAGAUCUCGCAUUGUCCUAACCUGCUGACCGACCGCUCCCUCUGGCUGGCCAGCUGCUACUGCCGAGCCCUGCAAGCCGUCACUUACAGGAGUGCCACAGACCCAGUUGGACAAGAAGUUAUCUGGGCCCUCGGGGCCGGGUGCAGAGACAUUAUCUCCCUGCAGGUGGCACCAUUACACCCUUGUCAACAGCCGGCUCGUUUCAGCAACAGAUGCCUGCAGACCAUCGGGAGGUGCUGGCCGCAUCUCCGUGCGCUCGGUGUGGGGGGGGCUGGAUGUGGCAUUCAGGGCCUGGCCUCACUGGCACGGAACUGCAUGCGCCUUCAAGUGCUGGAGUUGGAUCACGUGAGUGAAAUCAACCAGGAGGUGGCAGCAGAGGUCUGCAGGGAAGGUUUGAAGGGCCUGGAGAUGCUGGUGCUUACCUCCACGCCUGUCACCCCCAAAGCUCUGCUUCAUUUCAACAGUGUGUGCCGCAACCUGAAGUCCAUCGUGGUGCAGAUCGGUAUUGAAGACUACUUUGAAGACCCCAACAGCCCCGAAGCCAGGAAACUAUUUGAUGAGAUGGUUAACAAGCUCCAGGCUUUGAAGAAAAGACCCGGCUUCUCCAAAAUCCUCCACGUGAAAGCAGACAGUCUGUGCUAGCAUCAUUUCACGGCGAUUAUGUUGAGACGUCACCGCCGAAAACCAUUCAAGUCAAAACGACGCUGCUCUGUGCGUGCGUGCGUACGUGUGUAUGAGUGUGUGAACAGACGUAACACUGAGCCGCCUUGAUGAACCCGUAUUGAGGCUCAUUCAUGCAUAAGGAGACGCUUGUUGCGGGCAAAGUCAUCUGCUGAACUGCUGUGAUGACUUGAUGCGGUCUCAUGGCGGUCUCCUGAUGACACUAAAAAAAAAAAAAAGAUUCCUUGCUUUUUGGAUCAAGGUGUUGUCUCAGAGCGGAAUCUCAUUGUGGAAACACUCGGAGCAGGGUCACCGGACUGCUUGCUGUGGAGCCAAGGGUCACAUUAAACUUUCCACUUGAGGUAAGAUUUAAGGCCCGAGCCUUGAGACUGAAUUGAAACUUGCAGCUUCAACUUCCUGCACAAGAAGCGUGCUUGCCUACUUCCUGGUUUGGCACUCGUGUAUUUCUUCUAUCAUCUUUUGCUUUCAUGAUGUUUUUUUUGUUCCUGACGGUUUUAAAAAUGUCAGGCAAACUGAGAGAACCAUCUUCAUCUCCAAAGCGGUGCCAUUUGUGUCUGCCCUCGUUGCGGUGAGAUUUUUUUCUUCUUUUUUUUAAAUCCGACGUGCCAUUGAGGUGGGAAUAUUUCAUGUCCAUCAAUCACACUUCAGAAUUUGGUCGGCCUCGACUGCAGGUGCCGGAAGAUUCUGCGAUCCAUGCCGCACAUGAAUAAACACCCGGUUGACGCCGCGCCUACCAUUUUACCGGCUUGUUUUAUAUUAACAACACAGAUGGGGGUUUCAUACAAAUAUUGAAGUAGUAUAAUCUAAUAUUUAAUCUAAUUUAUUCAAUUUGUUUUUUUUAACAGCGCCUGAAGAAAAACAACCAAUCAAGUGUGUUUAAGGAUGUAUUAAUCCUUUGCCGUGCACUUGCAUAACAUCCUGUGAUUGGCAAGAAGUAUUUAGCCUCUAAGUUAGCUAAUGACGACAUGAAUUUAAAAAAAAAAAAAAAAGAUGGAUGGCCAUUUUGUAUUUAGCAAAAGAAAAAAAACUGGAUGUUUGAAUGUGUGAAUGUUUCUCUCAGCGUUCACACAAAAGCGCCUUUUUAAACAAACUGCAUCAUCAGUAUUAGUUCUGUUCCUUGUGUUUCCUGGAAAAAAAAAAACGACCUUUAUUUUAGAGUGAUGAUAUGAAAACCUGGUUGUGUCUGCUUUUACCAGUGGAAAGGUACUAACACCAAAUUGAGAUUUUUUUUGGAGCCGAGUACCAUGCAGUGGAAAACUGACAAAUUUUGAGGAGCAGGAGUAGCUAGCAAUACUUAAAUCCGUCUAUAGAACCAAAAGUCAAAUUCUCCUCUGCCGCCACAUCCGUCGUAUUUCAUGGAUUUGUGCAACGUGCAAUAUGAAGUUACGUAUAGAAGCUCGUCUUGGGGCAAAAGCUUCUGACAGCAAGUGCAUUCGACUUUUGUUUUCUAGCUCACACGCCCGCUUUGUGACUCGCAGAGGACAACCAAUCAUUCAAUCACGACCUUCCUUUUUAAGCAUUUCAACACUUUCAGGGAUUUUAUGUUUUGUUUUAGGGGUUCUUGAGGAUGUUGAGUCUGUAAAUGAUAUUUUCGCUGUAUGACCCGAAAAGUUAUUUUAUAUCAGCCGAUUAAUCGGUUUUUAGAAUUUUAUUUUGCCAAAUAUCAGAAUGGCUUCAAAGAAUUCAUGUUGCUUGUGCCCCAGUUUAUUUUUUUAGUAUUUAAUCAAUGCUAGUCUGGAAAAAAUGUUUAGGGACACAAUACAUUUGACAUUUUUGACAAUCCUGCCUUUGUUGUUGGCUACUUUGUACAUAAAAUGUAUGCCCCGCCCCCUAAAAAAAGAAAUAUGGGAGGGAAGAAAAGAAAAGCAUCAACAUUUGAUCAGCAGCUAGUGGAAGACGCUGAUUGUUUACAUUGUGCGAGCAUUCUCAAGUUGCGUGACAUAAGAGAAUUAUAUGAUGUAAAACAGUUGUGUUCAAAUUGUGUCUUAGAUACUUUAUAUUAAAUGUGCACCAUUCACAUAGAGGUGGAAAUUAUUUAAAGAAGAUGAAGUUGCUAACGCCGCUAUUUAUUUCUAUAGAUGUAUAUAUAUUUAGGGAAAAAAACAUGUAUAAUGUUGGCAUGUUUGUGUUGAAGCAUCAUUAAGUUGCCUUUUAAAUGUUCUGCUACUGUGGCAAGAAAUGUGACGUUCAACAGCUUCAAUUGCUUGCGGUUUGACAACAUUUCUUUUUAGUUGACUGUUGUUGCACUAUAGUGAGAGAAAAUAUAGAGACAUAGUAUAUAUACAAAUAUAUUACAGAUGUUUAUGAAGAGUGUUGUUUUUAAAUGUCGGGCUGUUUCUUUGUAUUGGACACAAUGAAAUGCACUUUUCUUUGAAUGAUCAUCAGCCCAUUGAGUACUUAGUCAUAAUACACAUUGGCAUUUUUCAUUGAUUGCCAAAUGCUUUUUCAAUUCAUUGCCAAUUGAUGAUAUUUGCAUAUACAGAGUAAGGCCUGCUGAAGAUUUUCCACCAAUAGCAGGUGCUAGAUAAAUCCACUUUUUCUGCAUUUUUUUAUUUAUUUAACUGAUGAACCAAAUGUCACCGUCACGCAUUAACCUUAUUGUCAAAUUGUACAAACUGUACAUACUUGGGCCUCAUGUAUGAACGAUUGUACUCUGCCUGUUAUUCUGAAGCGUAUUUUGCAUAUUACCUCAACACUUAUCUGGGUGAUUAAGUGAGUGCGCGUGUGUACGUGUGUUGCAAAGUCCAUCCAAGAUUGCAAAAAAAAAAAAAAAAAAGUCUUGACGGUAUCAAAACUGAUGAUAACUGCAAUAGAUGGUUUUAUUUCUCAUUUGUUGUCAUCAAU